GUCGACUCAAUCGGUGUAUGAAAUUGUAAAACUGGUUGUCAUAUAAUGUGAGUUUGUUUUGAAAAUAGAAAUCACAUCCAAUUGUCACCGAAAUAAUGAGGUUCCGGUUUUGUGGACAAAACGACUGUCAGGAUUGGCUUUUGGCUCAAAUCUCUUCGCUCUCUAAACUCGUAACCACUUCUCACACUCUGUUGUCUUAUAUUUGUCUUAUUCUAACACUUAUUGUCUUCUCAUUUAAGACAUCCAUUAAAAUGAAACUCUUAUGCAAUGAAUGUGUAAUGGAUUUGAUUGACAAUCAAAUGAAUUUUGAAAAGAUGGUUAAAGUGGGAUCCGAUGCCAAACUGGACACGGAAGACAUGAAGGCGUGUAUAUCAGCGGUUCAGUACAUUUUGUCCACUUCUUCCAAAUACAAUACAGACAGCGAAACACUUUCCCACGAAUUACAACAAUUAGGUCUUCCCAAAGAGCACAGUUCAUCCCUUUGUCGCGUGUAUUCAGAAAACUUCGAUCGACUCCAAGAAGCUCUCAAACAGCGAAGUCUUAGAUUGAGUCGUUUGAAUGCAAUUGAAUAUAAAAUUGAUACUCAAUUCAAUGGUUCAACUCAUAGAGUGAAGGCACCGGCACUUCAAAUAAGUAUUGACACACUUCGAGAUCACAUGAACGAGAAGACAAUGUUUUAUGUGACUCAUGAGAAACUGUCCGCUUUGUUGUACGAACUCAAACAAUCUCUUCAACUAAUGGACGAAAUCAGUGUUUGAAUAAACUCUUCAUAAAUACACGAUUUCUAUGUUUUUAUUUAGUAUACAAUCGAUUAAAUCAUAAACUAUUUAUGUAUUAAUAAAUUUGAAUUUGAAUUUGAAA